UUCCUUCUACAAAUACCCCGUCUCAAUAAACGCAACUCUUGUACAUCCCCAAAACAGCAUCUUCACAACAACGACCAGACAGCGACAAAGGAAGAAGCUCAAGAAAAACAGCGCCAAUUUUUUUUUCACAUCAGGUUCAGAGGACAAAAACUGAAAGGAUGGGAUCUGUCGGAGUUCAGAUUGUGUGCGUGGCCCUCGGGGUCCUCGGCCUGGUCGGGGUCAUCGUGAUCUGCGCCGUCCCCCGCUGGAAGGUCUCCUCUUUCAGCGGAGCCAACAUUGUGACCGCACAGAGUGCUCAGGACGGCCUGUGGAUGAGCUGCGUGGUGCAGAGCACCGGCCAGCAGCAGUGCAAGAAGUACGAUUCCAUGCUGGUGCUGUCCUCCGACCUGCAGGCCGCCCGCGCCAUGACCAUCAUCGGCUGCAUGAUCAGCGGCCUCAGCCUCCUCAUCCUGUUCUGCGGCGCCGACUUCACCACGUGCAUCGAGAACGAAGCCGUCAAGCCCAAGAUCAGCCUGGUGGCCGGGGUGGGCCUGCUGCUCGCCGGCCUCCUGGCCAUCAUCCCCGUCAGCUGGUCGGCGCACACCACCGUGCGGCAGUUCAACGACCCCCUGGUGCCCGCCUCCCAGAAGAAGGAGCUGGGCGCGUGCAUCUUCGUGGGCUGGGGGGCCGGCGUGCUGCUCAUCCUGGCCGGAGGUCUGCUGUGCUGCUUCAGCAGGCCCAAGUACGGCGGGUCAGGGGGAACCGCCAAGUACUACAGCAACAACGCCUCCGCCCCCAACAAAAACUACGUGUAGUGCCUUUACGAAAGGGACUGUGGUUCGACAGGGAGGAGGGGAGGGUGGCUUAGUUGGUGAGGGACUGGGAUGGAACCAGUUAGUUUUAGAAAAACAAACACAAAAAGAACAGGAUAAGUCUGUAAAUACACUGAAUUCUCAUAAUAACUGGCUCCGGCUUUUCUUUCUUUUUAUUCAAAUUGAUGUUUCAGUUUUAAAGCAGUUUUUUAAUAGGUGCUGGGUUAUUCAUACGUGAGAUAUGCUGUAAAUGACUGAUCAAACCUUUUGUGAUAUUAGAAUAAAAAAAAAGUUUUUAUUUGGGGCUGCUUCGAAAUAUACAAUGUCAACUAUGAUAUCCAAGCUAAAAAAAACGGUUAUGUUCCUCGUUGUUUUCCUUUUUGUGACUUCAAAAUGUGUCUUUGAGUGGAAAGAAAGAUUGAGAUUAUGAAAACAUUACAAAUGUAUUCUUGAAAAUAAAACAUGAUUUGAUGAUCUCAGCUCUUGAGAUGAAGAUGUAAAGAUAUAACAGAGAAAUUACCUUCUUACAGUAGAUGCACUAGUGGUUUAUAUUAUACACCUAUAGUUUAGUUUAUGUCUUCCCCUUUCUGUUUCUCCUCCAUAUCUUUUUUAUAAUACACUGCCAGAAAAAGCUGUAAAAAUAUGAGUCUUUGACCAAACGCACCUCAGUCGAGCUCAGGGAGCAUCUUCAGUGUGCACUUCUCUGAUGACACCUUCUCAAACGUCCGCGUGACAUCAUAUAACAUUUUACAAAACAAUUGUUAUUGUUUUUUUUGUUUCUCAUUUUGUAUGACGAUGCGUACACGUGAUUAAAAGUUUACGUCUCGUUGAAA